AUGGUAGAACGAUGGAAUAGAUCUCUUAAAGCCGAACUAAUGUGUCACGUAGAUAGAGAUUGGGCUAAGUCACUCCCAACAGUGUUACUAGGACUACGAACGAACGUAAUCGACGUCGGUGCGUCACCAGCGGAAUUUCUGUACGGAACAGUGUUGAGAAUUCCCGGGGAAUUUGUUCUGUCCAAAGAAUUUAGCAUAGACCCACAAUUGUUCCUGGAAGACUUCCGUGAGUAUAUGCGAAAGUUCAAGCCGAUACCGGUCGAGCAUAAGCACAAGAAGAAACCGUUUCUAUUUAAAGAUCUAAAAACGUGUACACACGUAUUUCUUCACGAUUUCGCACGAAAGGCCCUGGAGUGGCCUUACUUAGGUCCCUACAGGAUUAUAAAUCGCUCAAGCGAAAAGGUUUACGAAAUUGAAGUCGACGUUAAGCCUCGUCAAGUAUCAAUUGAUAAUUUAAAGCCGGCACACUUCGUCCGCGGCGAUACUGGGCCACAAGGCGAAAACCUUUCAUCCGAGGGGCCAGCGGGCACCGUCGUACCAAAUGUCAAAACUUGUUCGAAUAAAAAGAACGUAACGUAA